CUCAAGGUGAACAUCCUCAAGUGGCACGCCGUCGCCCGCUGGACCUGGGGCGACGACGUCGACGGCGACGUCUGCGGCAUCUGCCAGAUGCCCUUCGAGGGGUGCCCUCCCGGCGUGCUCUAUCCCGGCGACGGCGCGCCCGUCGUCUGGGGCAAGUGCGGCCACGCCUUCCACCUCCAGUGCGUGAGCCAGUGGCUGAGCUCGAAGAACUCGUGCCCCAUCUGCCGCCGCGAGUGGGAGUUCGAG